AUGGAAAAUCACAUUAGGUCGUUCAUGCGCGUCAUUCGAAAGUUUGACGGCGCCGACGAGCUGAUCCAGUCUUUUCCGGCAUGGGAAGAAUCCGCGCUUGGUCAGAACGCAGCCUUGCCAUCCUUCACUCCCCGGGACCAACGACGCAUUCUCGACUUUCCGGAUCGCGAAAUUCAAGAAUCAAACAUUGUGAAAUCGACUAAGCUCUCCAAAGAGGGUCUCCUUGGGCGUGCCGUCGAGUCACCUUCACAGCUGACCGCCGCAGAGGUCUCCCUCCUCAAGAACCGCUACUGGCUGCAUAUCUCGCCAGACGAGGAGCAAGAGAUCUCACUGGCAACCGGAUUGAUAAUGGGACCCAAAAGGAUUUCAGAAGAGGAACAUGGACAAGCCGAGGAGCAACUCCGGGCGGUGCGACACACGCUCUAUGCAGAAAAUGAGGAGAAGGCCAUCGACAACGCUCUUGCCGAGCACUGGCGGCGGGAGAACGAGGUAUGGCGCGCGAGACAGAGACAGGAGACUGAAAUGGCCUUGUCUAAAGCGCAUCCGUGGGUGAGACGCUUGUGGGAAGAGGACAAGGGGGAGAAGGUCUGGGGGUAUGGCAUCUUCAAUGACCCAAUGGCGUUUGCCAACAACGAGGAGGCCGAGAGGUACACGUCUCGGAGAGAUGGUGUUCUGUUCCACGGCCGCGGCGCAAUUGGGGCGGGGAGCAGUGUCAUCAGUUACAAGUGGAAGCUGCAGAAGCUGGAGUGGCCUAGCAGUGUUAACGCAGACGUCGAGAAUGAUGACAGUCAUAUUGUCGACAAAGGCGACGGGAAGCAUGAUAUCAGUGGACUGGUUAUCGAUGAGGUCCAGAGAGAAGAAAGAGAGACCGAAGAGAGACUCGCCAAGUUCCGCGUAUUGCGCGAACGGUUCAAGUCUAUCCGAGAUCCAGGCCUGGAGAGUCAAACAAUACGGGAAGACGUAGUGUCCAGCGCACCUAUGCAAUCAAGAACCGGUGGUUUGGAAGACGGUAUUCUGCAAGACGUGUUCCUGGUUGUAGACAAACAAAGCGUCGGAUCGGUGCUUGGUGCGCAGGGGCUCGUCGACGAUAUGUGGGUUUGGGCCAUUGACCCCGACUACGAUGACGCGGACGAGUUGUCUACCACGAUCGAUGGACCAUCGUCGCCAGAGACAUCCGGAAGAUACAAAGGGUUUAUGCGUGUACGACUACAACAACUUGUCAAUAACUUCUUCAACGUGCGACGCUUUCGUCAGAGGGAGUUCGCGAUGAAGGAACUCUGGGAAGCGGCUCAAAAGAGCAAGCACCAGGCCUUUGUCUCAUUGCGGGACGACGAGGCUCGAAGUUGGAGUAUUGACAGGUUCGUGGGGAGUGCCAUGAGGGCCCAGCCACCGCGUAUUGUAUACGGGCCUAAGCCAGGAAUUCCUGCCGACAGUGGUUCUUAA